CGGUCGACGAGCCUUCUCGGACUGAGAAGUCGUGAAGCAAUAAUUGCCAGUGGGGCUUAUGAUCCACCCAAAUAUCGCCCAAUUAAAGAUUUCAGCAACCGAGACCAGGAGAAAAAUCGAUUGGCUUCAAUAUUUGCUUUUGGUGAGGACUUAACCAAAAAGAAAAUUCAGGACGGAGAGAAAUCUCCUUCACCAAAAUUAAGCCGUUUUGAUGAAUUAUUUAACGAAUUGCAAGAUCGCCAGUCGUUUCUAGAGGAAAUGCGAAGCCUGGGAAAAUCCUCAGCGUAUGACAGUCAAAUUCAAUCUGAAAUUUCGCAAAUUAUCAAAGAAAUGGAACUUAUAGAUAAAUGUGAAAGUGAAAAGCUGUUAUAUAUCCAAACUAAGCCGUCGAAAUAA